AUGGCUACUUUAAUUACAAUUAAAUGUAUAAGAGGUUAUUUCGAAAGGUGUCUAUAUAACCCUAAAAGCAAUGUGUUGCGCUUGGGGCAUCAAUCAUGCAACGGCUACCCCUGCUAUCAGCAAAACGGCCAUCCGGCGGAGACUUUCCCGAGGAAAAUGAAAUACAAGGAAGGCCCCGAAGAUGCGCUUGUGGAAUGUCCUCACGACCAACAGAAUACACUCGGUACAGCGGACUCUGAUACCAUCCCUCUUUCUCAGCGUCAACCGUCCUCAAAAGUCCUACAUCACAACCCACACCUGCGAACCCGCACCCCGCAAUCUGCCAUCCUGGCACGGUUUCGUUCCACCGUGGCGAGCGCAUUAUCUAACCUGUUCGACAAACAUUCCGACGGCCCAUUUUAUCACGUACACCUUCCCAUGCUCACCUGGACGGACUGCGAAGGUGGCGCAAAAAUGUUUGCCGCCCCGACGCAGCGGUCCAAUCUUGUCGAUAAAAAAAUGACAGACACCUACUUUGGUUUCCGAAAAUGGCUCAAUGUCUCUGGAGUCUUCCAUGCAGAGGGGUUUGUGCAAGGGCUCGAUCGCAGCUGGACAUGA